CAGUAUAUGGGGCUUGUUGCCUCUGACAUUCAUUUAUUCAUUCUUGCAAAGAGGCAGACCUUUCCCAUUGAAGAUUACGUUUUUUAGUGCACUGUUCUGCUUCUAUAAUGGCUUCCUUCAAGGAUACUACAUGGUUUAUUGUGCUGAAUACCCAGAUGAUUGGUGUAAAGACAUACGAUUUUUGUCAGGUCUUUUAUUGUUUUUGUCUGGCAUGGGAAUCAAUAUCCACAGUGAUUUUCUUCUACGUCAGCUCAGAAAGCCUGGAGAGUUCACUUACAAAAUUCCACAAGGAGGAUUGUUUGCAUAUGUCUCAGGAGCAAAUUUCUUUGGAGAAAUCCUGGAAUGGUUUGGAUAUGCUAUAGCGACCUGGUCUCUACCGGCUUUAGCCUUUGCAUUUUUUACACUCACCUGCGUUGGACCACGUGCUUAUCAUCACCAUAGGUUUUAUCUGAAGACAUUCACAGCCUAUCCAAGAUCAAGAAAAGUCUUGAUUCCUUUUAUAUUUUGAAGAACAGUUAUCAGAAUGGAUGGAUGUUAUGUGUUCUUUAUUGUUUACAUAAAUGUUAUAUUAUUGUAAAGUAUAAUGUAUUAAAGAUUCUUGAAUAAUUUCAUUUUAUAUAAUAGAAUCCUUUUGGCCCUUAAGAGCAUGAAGAGUAUUCAGCAACUAAUGUUGUCCUACCUGCAUUUCACAGGUUGGUAACUAGUGCUGCUUGUCUGGGAAAUUGAACUGUUAUCACUAUCUACUUUUUACAGGAAGCAGUGAAAAUUAAGAAACGUUCAGGUAAAGGGGGGAAGGGCUUGUUGUUAGCUGUAAGCCUAUUGCUUUAUUUCUGUGUUCUUUCUCAUAAAGACAAAGAAAACAUUCUAUUAAAAAGUAAUUCUCAGUUUCAAGGUAUAUGAGUGCAUCUUUUGGUAUUUUUCAAAUGAGUUAUGGUUGUAUAUAAUUAUCAUCAAAAAUGAAAUGUAAGCUGCUCAGUUAUUGUAACAGGCAAUUUAACAGGUGAAAGUGUUUUUUAUAAGUGUGAUGCAUGAGCUGAAUAUGGCAUCAAAUAAACAUCAUACCUUUUGCAUGA